AUGCUAGAAAAGCAAGUGUCCACACUGGAGGAAAAGGUAUUGCAGUUGGAGAAGGAAAAGGAAGCUUUGCUUGCACGCCAGUUUUCUCUGAACAAAAUUAAAGGCAACAAUGCAGCAAUGCUUUUUUACACUGGCUUUCCCAAUUAUAAGGCUUUGAUGAGCUUUUAUAAUUAUAUUGAACCCAAAGUCAGUAAAAUGCAGUACUGGAAAGGAGAGAAACUCUUGAAGGAAAGUCAGCCCUAUCAGAUGGAUAAGAACAAAAUAAAACCAGGACCUUGACGUACACUCACCUACCUCGAAGAGUUUGUUCUUGUCCUAUUGCGACUGAAGGCAGAAUUGUUUGUACAUGAUCUUCCUGACAGGUUUGGAAUAAGCACAAGUCUUGUUUCACGUAUUUGCAUUACAUGGGUAAAUUUUCUUUCCAUGGAACUUCCUGGACUCUUUCCCUUCCCAUUACAAGAAUUAGUCAGAAAAAACAUGCCUCAAGAGUUUUCUGAAUAUCCUACCACAAGAAUUAUUUUGGAUUGCAGUGAAGUAUUUAUACAACGACCAUCUGCAAUGCUGGCACAAUCUGAAACUUGGUCAGAUUACAAACACCAUAACACAUGGAAAGUGUUGGUGGGUGUUACUCCAAAUGGUCAGGUGUCCUUUAUUUCAGACUUGUGGGGGGGAAGAGUUUCAGACAAGCAAAUCACACGAGGAAGUGGUGUUCUCAAUCUAUUAGAGCCUGGUGACAAUGUCAUGGUUGACAGGGGCUUUGAUAUUUCAGAUAUUGUGUCAAAUGGCGUAAUAGUAAACAUGCCUCCUUUCUUGGCUGGAAGGCAUCAGAUGACUGGGGUAGAAACUCAGGAAACUAAGAGCAUCGCCUCUUUGCGCAUACAUGUCGAACGAGCAAUUGGGAGGAUAAAGACCUACCAUAUACUGGAU